AACUGAAAAAAAAGGGUCACGAAAGACCAAGCAGGAAGAAACAAAAAAGAAACAAGUACCUAGGAGGCGGCCACUGAUGAGCAAGCCUGUGGAUGACGUAUACUUGACAUGGUAUUAUGAGCGGCCAUCCUAUGAUGUGGAAGAGGCUGUGGGUAUGCUAAAGAAAUUUCAGGAACUGGACUUCACUCACCCCCAACAGUAUGUCUAUAUUAACGUAUUCCUAGAUAUGGCACUACAGAAGAAGAAAAAAGUGGAUCCAUUUGCAAGCACUGUUCUUCUUCCAUAUCGCUUUACAGAUGAAACGAAUAAGGUCUUGGUUUUCACAGAGAAUGAGCAAGAAGCUGAAAUAGCUCGAGAGAAUGGAGCUGCUGUUGUGGGAGGAGUUGAAUUAAUCAAAUGGAUUUUGGAAGAUGAAAUUCAAGUGGACUUCUAUGUAGCUGUUCCUGCAAUAAUGCCUAAGCUAAUACCGUUAAGGAACAAACUAAGACGAAAAUACCCAAGCACAAAAAGAAAUUCCCUGGGCCAUGAUAUUCCCAAAAUGCUGCAACUCUAUAGAGAAUGUCUUGAGUAUGAGGUAGAAGACGAGCGUUUGAUCAAGACAAGAAUAGCAAGAGUAAAUCUACCUAAAAAAUAUCUGCAAAUUGAACUUGUUGUAAAGUUUUUGCUUGUAUAG